CUCCGUGUGUCGCCGGCAGCAAGGCUCAUUCUCGCGUGCAACGGUCCACCUGUUGUCAGUGUGUGAGGAGAAUGUGUGAUAGUGGAGUGAAAUGGUGACGUGUGAUGACGUAAAAGGUUUCUUGUAACUUGGAUCUUGGGAAAUUUUAAUUUGUUUGAUCUUGGAACUGAAGACUGUAUACACAUUACACACUUGGUUUGUAGCGUCCGAUUUGUACUGAAAUUGAAAUUAACUUCAAUGGUUGGAUGGAGAUAUUGAGAGUGCAGUGUUAGUGUUGGUGUGCCUAUGGUGGUCCAUGGUGGUGGUAUGGUGCAGUUAUGGUGGCCGGUGUCAGUGCUAUGGUAAUGCCUGAACUCGCAGGAUUAUGCUGCAUGUUCCUACACUGCUGCAAUGACAUGCUACCAGAUUGUUCGAUCACAGGAGGUGGGGGAGGGAUGUGCGGAGAGGUGGAGAGUGGAGGGGGAGGCAGUGUGAGGAUACAUCACCUCACCGGAGUGUCUCCCGAGGGUCGGAGUCGCUUCCCCAAACUAGAGGAGUGCGCUCACUUCCACUACGAGCAUGUGGAACUGGGCUCCAUACAGAUAUCCCUGUGUGAGGAGGAGUCCCUGAGACAGCCGUGUGAUGGAGAAGGCAGCAGCAGUAAAGCGGUGACAGUACGAGUGACCAGUGGGGCUCAGUCUUGGCUGCUACGACGCACGUACGACAACUUCCGCAUGCUGGACCAACAGCUGCAUCGCUGCAUCUACGACCGCAAGUUCAGCAAUCUCACUGAGCUUCCACAAGUACCACCAGACUCUGAGGAGGGUGUUGAACAGUUGCUGUCUGCGUAUGUUACAAGACUGUCGACCAUCGCAGGCAACCUGAUCAACUGUGGACCUGUACUCAGUUGGCUAGAACUGGACAACAGAGGUCGCAGAUUGCUGGUAACGGAAGGAGACAACUGCCCAAUCAACACUCCGGCUGUGGCAGCGGCCUACAGCAUCAAGAAGUACACAGCCGUGGCCGCCGAUGAGAUAUCCUUUGAUAUUGGAGACAUGAUCUCAGUGAUUGACAUGCCCCCGCCGGAGGAGAGUGCGUGGUGGAGAGGCAAGCGGGGGUUCCUGGUGGGGUUUUUCCCCUCCCACUGCGUAGCUGUCAUCACAGACAAGUUGCCUCGCAACCUCAACCUGCAUCAGUCCCUCACACUACAGGGCCCCACCAAGCCUGUUCUUAGGAAACAUGGAAAGCUCAUAGCGUUCUUCCGGGCGUUCAUCCUGUCCCGGCCAUCCCGUAGGAGACUGAAACAAUCUGGGAUCCUGAAGGAACGAGUGUUUGGCUGUGAUCUUGGAGAACAUCUGCUCAACAGUGGCCAUGACAUUCCAAUGGUGUUGAAAUGCUGUUCCGAGUUUAUUGAAAGCCAUGGAAUUGUUGAUGGCAUCUACAGGUUGUCUGGUGUUACUUCUAAUAUUCAGAAACUCAGGAGGACGUUUGACGAGGACAGAGUGCCUGCGUUGUAUGAAGACGAGGCAAUACUGCAGGACAUUCACAGUGUUGCGUCACUGCUCAAGAUGUACUUCAGAGAGCUUCCCAACCCUCUGUGCACGUAUCAGCUGUACGACGCGUUUGUGACGGCCGUGCAGACGGAGAGAGCCACGGACGAGCGGCUGUUGCGGAUGCGGGAGGCAGUGGAGAAACUUCCCCCUCCACAUUACAGGACGUUGGAGUACCUGAUGCGUCAUCUGGCUAGAGUGUCGGAGAGAGGCUCUCAGACAGGCAUGACAGCUCGCAAUGUCGCCAUUGUGUGGGCUCCCAACCUACUCCGAUGCAAGGAGCUGGAGGUGGGAGGGGUGGCAGCACUGCAAGGUGUCGGAGUACAGGCCGUUGUUACAGAGUUCCUCAUUGUUUACGCAGAUCUAAUUUUCUGCUCUGCUCCACUUCCGACUACAUCCACAUCGUCCCUCACUCAUGUGACGCCCAAGAGAGUACGGCCCAAGUCACUGGCCAUCUCCACACCUACCAAGCUGUUAUCGCUGGAGGAGGCCCAGAGUAGAGCGCUGGCCGCUGGCAAGCCUGACCAGGACUACAUAGAGGUGGGUGGCGGCCCUGCGUGUCUCCCCGCCAAGUACCACACUGUGAUAGAGCUGCCACGCAAGCGCGCCGGCUCCAAGCGCUCGCCCCUCGGCUGGCGCUCGUUGUUCGGCAAGUCCAGCCGAACGUCACACUCAACGCACAAGUCUCGCACACCGGUGUCGGAGCAGCGCAAGUCGUCGGUGCCCACGGACAUUGUGUUUGGGAAGGAGAAGGCGUUGACAGAGUCUGACCUGACCAGUGGUAGACGACGCCUACGUCCAGUCAAGUCUGCAGAGUCGUUAGCCUCGGGCCAGACGUCGGCCAGAUCGUCAAGCUGUCUGGAGCCCCCCUCACCCCCCACCCCACCACACACGGCCCCCCCGCAUCUCCCCGGGGGUCACAACCGCAGCGUGAGUCACGACUCCUACUUUGACACUCUGACUGCGGGCGACACGACACCUCGACACAACAACACCACACUACUGCAGGAGGAGGAUGAAGAGGGACUGUCUUUGUCUAUAGACCUGAGCGAGCUGCAAGUCAAUUUUGACUUUGAGGAGUCGGACAUGAGGAUCUUCUCUGAAGACGAAACCAAUCAGCUGUUUAGCAGCCACACCAGUUUGGAGAAUCAGGUAAGCAAGAAACAACCAUUGCUUGCAAGAGCAGAGGAUUCUUCGUCUGAUCCAUCACCAAAGAAGCACAAAACGGGAAGCAACUCUUCGACAAAUCGCAGCAAAAGGUCGAGACUUGAGGAGCGGUUGUCGAAUGCCGAGCUUCGCUACAUAGACAGCGGGUCCCCUGACCAGGUAGAGACGAGAGCCGAGAUUCACACAAGUCCACCAUCACAAGAGCACAGUCCCUCGCUGGCCGAGGCAACAGUGUCAGAGAACGAGAGCCUCACACUGUCAGGUCUGACCACCCCUGACACCCCCACCCCUCACCCCGUCACUACCCCGCAGUACACCCCCCUCACAGACGAGUCCCCCUCGCCACAGCCGCCUCAGUAUGAGAACGUUUCCCGAAACAGACUCAGCUUUCAGGGGUUCUUGAAAAACGGGGACUUGGGGAUUUGUACAAACCACAAGUCCGAUAACGAGAUCCAGUACGAGAAUCUGGACGGAGAAGACUUCUGUAGGAUAGACUGCAACAUCACUGCGGAAAUAAUGGACGCCGUCAUGUCGGAAUCGAAAAUGCUCAAGUACGAAGAGGUCAAAGAGAGCUCUAUUUACGAAUCGGUCGACGACGAUAAGAAGGAGAACUUUUACGAGAAUGUGACUUUGUUGGAAGACUCGGAGCUGUAUGAACCAGUGAUGAAAAGCCCUUACGAGGAAAUUCCUAACCAGGAGUGUUUGGUCGGAGAGAGGUUGCGGAUCAGCUCUUUGGGAUCACUCAUAAGCCCUGCUGAGGCAGACAGAGAAAACGAUUACGAGUGUUUGGUCUUAGACUCGAGUCCUGACUCCAACCAUAACCUUCCUCCCCCCUCCACCCCUGCAGUCAACCCAGAGGAACACCUCUACGAAGACGUCCAGACUGUGCCACUGGCUGACUCUCUGGUCUACCAACAAGUGAAGUACCUGAAGCGGUCAGUCCAUGAGAUCAACCAGCUGUUGGAGGAGACCAUGGAACCGUUCACUGCAGAGGACGUUUCAUCUCUGGAGGAAGAGGAAACUGCUCUCAUCAGUCCGAUGAACAACGGAACUCCAGACAAGGCCAUCGAGAGUGUCAGAUCUCCCGUGAGCAACAUCAAGUCCGCAGGGCCGGACCAGAACACCUCGGUCUCCAGGAGGUUUGAGGAAGCCAGACUCGAGUCAUCCGACAGCCUAAACACUCCGACAAUGCAAACGGAAAGUGUCACUUCAGUAUCAGUCAGUCCGCUUUUGGAAACCAACAAUAUUGUAUCAACAGAAGGAAGCGAUAAGGAUUUGCUGUACGAAAACUCGACGAUGGAUGAUGUUGAAGCGAUCUCAACCAGCUACGAAGAACCCGGACGAAGCGUGGAAAUGCUAUUUGACUACUCAAAUUCAAAAUCUGCUCAAGAAUCUCUGCAAGAUCAGAACCGGAGUGUGGAAAUGGUUUGUGACACAAACUCAAAAUCUGCUAUGGACGACGACAGAAGUGUAGACAUGAUUUGCGAGGAAUCAAAUUCCAAGUCUCAAGAUUCUGUACAGGGUACGGGGCAAAGUGUGGAAAUGCUGCUUGAGUCAAAUUCAAGGUCGAAAGAUUCACUCGAACAAGAACAGAGUGUGGGUUUGUUUGGUGAAAACACUAAUUCAAAAUCUACACAAGAAUCUCUUGAAGGGCAUGAGAAAAUUGUUUCGGGAAAGCUGGAAAACAGUUCGACCAGUGAUAAAGAUACGGACAAACAGAUAGAUUGUCAUCUGAGUGAAAUGGAUAGCUUUGACACGUCCAGGGAUUGUAGAGCUCUCAGCUAUAGUUUGGAUGGCAGCACUUGCAAGAUUGAGUCUGAAAAGGAAUGCAAGAUGGUCGAGGAGCCAGAGACUAAUUCCAGUAGCACUACAGGUCACACGACCAACAGUGGACGCAACGUGCACGAGCUCAUGUCGAGGUUCGAGUGGUCCCAGUCUCGAGACUCGCUUCCACCUUGUCAGAAGGCGAGGGUCAGUCGUCAGAACAGCAAAGACAACGCACCGACGUUGACAACAUCACUGGACGCUUCAACCUUCCCCUCGGACAACCAACCUCUGACCAGAGUCAAGACGUCUCCGGACCUCAUCCAGAACCAGGAUAACCUGGAGCAGAAACAGUCCGACAACUCAGUGGACUCAGAGGCUGUGCGGAGAGAAAGGAUAGAGAAGUACAAGGAGGAGAGAAGAACGUUCCUGAGGAAGAAGUACAGGACGGAUAGUUUCAACAACAAUGACGACAAAGACGAAGAGAUGAUCAGGAGGUUGAAGGCGAAAGCAAAUGUGAGAGCAGUAGACACUGAUGAAAACAACUGUGGUGGGGGAGAUUCCCUGGAGAGUAUGGAAUGGUCCCGGCGAUCUCCCUCCCGUAAACUUGAGGACAGUGGGAACGAGCAGGUACUGCGAGAAAAGGAAUUGGAAAACCGGCUUUCUGACUCUAAACCAUUGAAAAAGUCACCGAGUAAAACCUUAGUUAGUAUAUCGUAUUCACCGACCAAGACGAAAGCACCUGGAUGGGAUUCUUGUCCGAAGAACAAGUCUCCUGAAAUUGAAAGGAUACCUGAUAGAAUAGUGUUUAAUAGAUCGGUUAGUCUAAAUACAGACUAUGGAAGUGCAAGGGACGCUAAAAGUGUUAGUGACAGGAGGCACCGACCGGAAGAUCUUAAUCUGUCUGGGAUAUCUUCGUUUAAGAAGGACGACAGUGUGUUGCCGAAAGUGGGGAAGUCUGAAAGGAGAUCUUGGAGGGGUAGUGAGGAGUGUAGGUCACCAGACGAGAGUUUGGUCCAGAGAAGAGUCAACCAGCUGUCCUCGUCGUUUACUGAAGUCAUCAAGAACGACUCCGAUUCUUCUGACUUCAAGAGGAGGACAUCUUUGACAGAUCUUGUUAAGCCUCCAAGCUCAAGUCGGCAGCGAGCUAAUAGUGGGAGCUCCAAAUCGCCUUCCUACUGCAUUCGUGAUAUGGCUGCCAUGUUUGAAAAAAGGGACAUCAAGUAAUCCUUCACCGUUCAAGCUUUAAUUUAUUUAACUAAAUAUAACUCUUAUAAUAAUGAUGAAUAUCUAGGUGAUCUUGAAAGACAUUCACACUAGCAAAGUUGAUCUUAAACGUUUUAUACUUUUUCAUUAUGCUCAUUAAAAUAUUUCCUUGUAGAAACCAUUACUCAAUUCACACAAAUUUGCUGUGCAUAGAUUUAAUGAUAUGGUAUUUUCUGAGAUGUCAAACUUUUAAGGCUUUCAGGUAUUCUAAUUUAUGUUUGAGAUCAAAUCUUAUUUCUUAUUUGUUAUCUUUAGGUAUUAAAAUUCAUACUAAAGUUGAUAAUUUACUUUUCAAUAUUUGCGUGUAACACCAAUCAUUUUUUGCUCAAGAAGAAACAGUUAUACGAUAUGAAUCGUUUAUUUUUAAAUUUGACAUCAAGACAAAAACAGAUCAAACAAAAGCUGUGUUUCUGUGAUAAAUUCCAUUGCUUACGUUUGGCAUUUUCCAACACACCUUUCGAAACUCCAAAUUUUGUUAACCAAAGACAAUCAACAUUCGACCAAUACAGUGAACAUUUUUCAUUGUUUAAUGCUGAAAUGAUCGGUGUCUAUGAUACUCCCGCUGUAGGCCUACCCAUGUCUAACAUGUCUAUGAAAAGCUGUGGUAUCAAUGUUAUUGAUGUAGUCUACAGUUAUUACAACCUGACAAAGUGAUUAACUCUUAGCAAUACUCUAUGCAUGAUAGUUAUAUCUUUUGCACAACUGAAUGUCACAAAGAUAAUUUUACCUACAGAUUGUCGUCAUAAAUAUAUAAAGGCUACUUACAGUCUUCGCAAUCCUGAGUUAAUUGAGCACUACGGCCGUUUCGGAGAUAACUCCAUCGUCGGGUGCGUAGUCAAGUCAUCAAGAUUGUCAUAUUUGAAAUCUUCAGCAAGUAAUGUUUUACGUUAAAUUUUAAUCCAUCAUAUUUAACAGUUUUGAUUUUUUCAAGUUGAAAUGUGUAAAAGUAACUGAAUUUUUUUUUCUUUUCAAGUGCACAAAAUUUAAGUAUUUGAAUAAGUAAUAGAUAUUUUUUAUUUCAUUCCAAUAUGUAAAUUGUCUACCUACUAUAUCCCUCUGAAACGAAGGAGAAUAGAAACCCAACUCCAGGAUUCUCUUUUGUAACCCUUGUGGCCUGCUAGUGGAAAGUAAGAAAAGAAAAUUGUGAAUAUAUAAUACUGUUAAAUAGAAUCAGAAAACAUUGACAUAGUUGCUGUACUCUGCUUCAUUGUUUAGUGCCUGAUGGUCAAACCGCUUUAGGCUUCCGUGUCGAAGUUGUGUCAAAUAAAUAUUUAAUUGCCAAACUGUGAAUAGUUGGAAAUAUAUAGAGAUAUAGAUAUUUUGGAACAUGUUAUUUAGACCAAUACUCAAUACACUUUUGUAAUAUUUGGACAGAUUCUUUUCCUGUCAGGAGUUUUUAUAGCUGAAACAUUAAUACGUCAUAGUUCAUCUAUUGUAACUUACAGUAUAACAUUCAAAUCCUAAUAUUCAACGUCUUGUAAAAAAUAGGAAGUUAUAAUAUUGUUACUUAAUAAUAUAUUUACAAAAAUAAUACUUCUUGUUGUGACAUACUAUCACUUCUAAAGCAUAAUGGAAAAUAUAUAUACAAAUUUAUUAAAUUAAUUAGAACUAUCUAUCCAAUAUUUAUUAACAUUUUCUGUUAGGUAGUUACGAGCAAAAAAUAUAAGUACUUUUUGUCAUUAAUAACUUUCAAAAUUUGAUGUGAAAUAGCAUUAUUUUAAUCAUUAUAACACAAAUCUAAUCCAAUUCUAACAAAAGGGACAUUUAGUCGGUAAACAAGCAGUUUUGUUAGAAUGGGACCCAAAGAUAUAUUUAGGACUAAAUACUAAAUGUACAUAUAAAUUUAUGGUCUUAGUUAUCGUUAGAUAUCUGUUUAAGAAAUUGUGUAAAUAUAUUUUGCUGAAAUAUUGAUAACACUAGUUUUGUGUUGUUCAUGUAUGUAUAUUUUGAAUCACAAGUUUUUAUGUGUACAUUGUGAAAAGAAACGUUCUCAUUGUUUUGUUGUUACAUGUUGUGUUCAUAAUGUAAAAAAAAUUAACUAGUCAGUAAUAAAUAUAUCUAAAUUUUUA